CACAACGAGCAGAAACACAAUAGAGAGAGUGUUUAGAGAGCUUCGGUUUUCGCACAAAACCGCGAGUAUUGAGAGGAACUGUUUUAUCCUUGAGACGACCGGUUGAUAGUCUGCCGUGCGCAUCGAAAGCAGUGCCGCGAACGUCUUAAAGAAAGCGACCUAGUCCGCGACUCAGCUCCAGAUUCGGUAACCUCAUUCCUUUUGUUGUUCCGUUCCUAACAGGUGGCUCUGCAAUUUCAUGGAAGAAAUCGAGCCACUAGGAUUCGAACUCUUCGGUAAGUAUUCAAAUCGCCAAAUCUAGGGGAUUGACCCUCUUUUGACUCUAGAAAUUCUUCAGAAAUCGGGUACUACACCAAUAUCCGGCGACAAUCGGGGAAGACGCCGGGGUUUCUGUUGAGAAGUGUAUCGAAUGGCUCGAAUCCCACAUCCGGGUUUGGUUCUGUACAUCUCGUUCGGAUCCCAGAAUAGCAUCAACCCAUCGCAGAUGAUGGAGCUCGCGAUGGGGCUAGAACAGAGCGUCGUUUCUUUGCUAUGGGCGAUCCGACCGUCGAUCCGAUUUCUUACCCGAAUGACUGUCCGAGGGCAUCGCGCGGCGGAUAGAGGAAACCAAGAGAGGUCUGCUGGUACGAAACUGGGCACCGCAGCUGGAGAUUCUUUACCUCGGUUGGAUCGGCUGAUUUCUGCGCCACUGUGGGUGGAACUCUGUUCUUGAAAGCUUGGGGAAGGGAUGGGGAAGAAGAGCGGUGGCGAGGCUACCCCAUGGUUUCGAUUUUGUGAAAAUAGAUCUGAGGAUGUUUGGGAGAGAAUGGAAGUGGAGGAAGCUUGAGGAUUUUAUUACUCUGGGAAAGAUUCGGUUUUGGGGAAGGAUUACAAAAUUAAAUUUUGUAAAAAAAGAAUUCGUUUUAGGAGGAGAUGGAAGAAAGGGUAAGGAUUCAUUUUUGGGAGAGAAUUGGGUGAAGGUGAACAGGCGAUGGUGGUGAUGCAGCAGAUAAAAUUUAUGAUUUUUUUAUUAUUUCCUUUGUUACAAGGAGUGAUUAUUGUUUUUAUUAUUUAUUUAAUUUUAUUAUUUUCCAUUUAAUAUUAUUUUUGAAUAAAAUAUGCCAUAUCAUCCGUUACUGUUAGUCCAGUCAACAUGUUAACUAACACCGUCAAACAAUUUGACGAAAGUGGCUAGUAUUUCGGUAUUUCGCCAAACGUGGCUAUAUUUGGGCAAACCGUCAAAGUUUUGACUAUACAAGUGUAUUUUGCCUAAGAAAUAAACCUAUUAUUA